GUCUUUACCGUUGCAAGCUUUCCUCUAAGCCCUAGAGCUCUGUUGAUCUGAAUGUUUGUUCUGGGUCUAAGUGAACUUUGCCAAUCUGAUUGGAAGCUGGGUGUGAAUGGGCCGGUCCUGAGGCACUUGAGCGUGUGAGGAGCCUGGGUGGAGGUGUUUUCUUAAGUGCCUGUUUAUAAAGGUGUUUGCUCUGUAGCAAUUUAGAUUCUGGAGGGAGAAGAGUCUCUAAUUUCCUGCCACAAAGAAUAAACCUGACUUCUGGUGCUGUAGUCCGGGAAUGAAUGGGGAGAAUUUGGGGAUUUGCCCACUCUGCCCCAGGCCACACAUUUGGUUCUCCAUGGAUUUGUGGGGGAGGGGAGAUUGUUUAACCAUUGUAGGUCUCUGUCUCUCUCUCACCUACUUCUCACCCUCUCUUAUCUCUCUUUCUUCCUCCUUUCUCUCUGACUCCUCUCUCCUAGACUUCCUUUGUUCCUUUCCCUCCUUAAUGGCUAGUACUCGAAUUUACUCUUCUCAAUCUCGCAGUCCUUGUGCCUCAGUCUCCCCGUGUUGGUUUACCGAUGUACCCACCAUGCUCAGCCUACCCCUGCUGUUUGCAGUGUCCCAGUGUCUGUGCUUAGGAGGAUGGGGAAGUACUUUUGACUUUCCCACCUCUACUUCCCAGAGUGCCACAGCCAUACUUUUUUUUUUCCCCCUUCCUGAGACAGCAGGGUUUCUCUGUGAAGCUCUGGAACUCACUCUGUAGACCACGCUGGCCUCACUGAGACCACUCACUGGACCACUCACUGAGAUCCACCUGCCUCUGCCUCCCAAGUGCUGGGAUUAAAAGCGUGCGCCCACCUCCCCUUCCCGCACCAGGCUAAAGACAAGUUGUAGGUAGCCUAUAAAUGAAGCGGCAGUACUUCAAAGGCAGAGGAUCUCUGAGUGGAGGCCAGCCGGGUAUACAGAGAAUGUUCCAGUACAGCCAGGAUUACACAGAGAAACACACACACACACACACACACACACACACACACACACACACACACACACACACACGAGAGUUUUCCUUUUGUUAUUGUCAUGUUGUUGCCUGGUUUUAUUGCUGCCCUGAUCAUCUUACUUCCCUUUCUGUUUUGUGGGACGGUUUGAGAAGCAUUGGUAUUUACUCUUCUUUAAAGUCCGCUAGGUUGGCCUGGAACUCACUGUAGAGCAAGCUGCUCUUGAGUUUGAGGCAGUGUUCUUGUCUCAGACCUCCUCAGUGCUGGUAUUAAAAGUGUGAGCCAUGACAUCCAACAUGACUGAAAGAUGAAUGUGAGUAUGUGUGGAACAUGCAGGCACGUAACUCAUUAUUUCUGUCCACUUGGAGGGCGUGGGAAUGCCGAGACCGUGUAGUACUGAGCACACGUAGAGCCUGGAUCUCGGUUCCUCACAGCACGAUUCUUUGAUCAAAGGGACCAGGAGUGCCUUAGAGAAGUACUUGAUACUAGAGCUGGGACAUGUUGAACACCCUGAGGCACAGGAAAGGAAAGAGUGUUUAAAAAGAGAAGGAGAGUAUCGAAAGGUCUCAGGAACUAAUGAACUUGUAAGUUCCCACUGCCAAAUCUGGAACGAUUUGAGAAAUAGAAUCAAUAAUUAUAAUAAAAUCAAUGUCCACGAACCCAUACUGACGUCAAUAUAAUUAAAUGAAUAAAUGGGGGUAAGGAAAAACUAUUUAUCACUGAAGAUUCCAGUUACCAGAUGCAAAAUGGAUGAGGAGUUAGCAAUGCUCUUCCUUAGACAAGCAGAGCAGGAGUAACACUUGCAGGGCAGGAGUAACACUUGCAGGGCAGGAGUAACACUUGCAGGGCAGGAGUAACACUUGCAGGGCAGGAGUAACACUUGCAGGGCAGGAGUAACACUUGCAGGGCAGGAGUAACACUUGCAGGGCAGGAGUAACACUUGCAGAGCAGGAGUAACACUUGCAGGCAAGAGCCAGUGAUGCAUGGGAAGGGACAUGGGGGCUGCAACACUGAAGAAAAGUAACAUGUCUGCAUACUAGCAAAGCAUCGAAUAUGUAUCAGCCUGCCACAAUGAAAGGUACUAUUUUGCACAAUUAACAUAUGCUAAUAAAAGAAACAACAUGUCUUACCCAAGAUAUCAUGCAAAAGAGAAAACAGUAACUUUAUUGUCUGGCAUACACCAGUUUAAUGCUUCUAUCAAGGUCAAGGCCACCAAGAGGAAGAUACUGACAGCAUGCACUGAGAAGACAGGAUCUCGUAAAGCAUGUUUUUGUCAAAGAUCCAUUACCCUAGUCAAAUGAUGAGAAAAAUAUAAGAGCAACUAAAUUCAGAGACAUUCUACAAAGUGACAAAAGAUGACACUCAACUUAUAAGGGGGCUACAUUUGAAUUAAAGCCAAUGUGAUGGUUCAUUUCAGGUGUCAUGUUUCCAGAGAACAUUGGUACAUGGGUUAGCCCUCUGGCCAGAUUCUCCAUGUGAGAGGCGUGAUCCAUUUGGCUAGGGCCCACAUAGAAGAGGAAGGUUCAAGAAAUGGGUACCUGAUCUCUGACUUUCUUUGGUGGAGUGGGCCAAGACUUCUGGGCCAUUGCUCCUAGACAUCAGACUCCAGGCUCUUCAGCUUCAAGCUUUCGUUUGGAUUAGCUGUUCCCUUUGGUCCCUUUGGCCUUUGGUCUUUUACUUGGGGCUGCAUGACCCGUCUUACUGGUUCUGAGACAUCCUGUUUCCUGGGGUAAUCAAUUUCUCUGACAUUCCAGCUUGCAGAUGGCUAUUGUGGAAAAUAUUCAACUUCUUUGUAUGAACCAGUCUCCCAAUAUUACACACACACACAAACACACACCCCCCACUGGAGAACCUUAGAAUCUUUUUGUUUUGUUUUGUUUUGUUUUGUUUUGUUUUUCGAGACAGGGUUUCUCUGUGUAGCCCUGGCUGUCCUGGAACUCACUCUGUAGACCAGGCUGGCCUCGAACUCAGAAAUCCGCCUGCCUCUGCCUCCUGAGUGCUGGGAUUAAAGGUGUGUGCCACCACUGCUCAGCUACCUUAGAACAUUUUAUGCAUUAUUAUAAGUUGAAGAUAUAAUGAUGUAAAACGCUUAUUGUUUUAGUGUGUGUGAUGUGUAUUUGUUAUAUGGAGAUAAGAAUGCAGCUUGUGGGAGUUGGUUCUCUCUCUCUUUCCUUUCACCUUGUCCAGCAACUCAGGUUAUCAAGUGUGAUAACAGGCACCUUUACUGCCGGGCAGUGGUGGCACACGCUUUUAAUCCCAGCACUCAGGAGGCAGAGGCAGGUGGAUUUCUGAGUUCGAGGCCAGCCUGGUCUACAGAGUGAGUUCCAGGACAGCCAGGGCUACACAGAGAAACCCCGUCUCGGAAGGAAAAAAAAAAAAAAAAACAGGCACUUUUACCUGCUGAGCCAUCCUGCCUGCCCUGAAAAUACUUACUGUAUCUAUGCUCACUGUAGAGUGAGCUUUGCCGUCCCUUGGCUGACUGGGAGCUGCAGGUUUUGCUGCUGCCCAGCAUCAUGGAAGGGAAUCUCACCCCCCUACCACCAGCAAAACAACUACACAAGUUCAAAAUUCCGAGUAAAAUGUCUUCUAAAUGUUUGUGGCUUUUACAUUUUCUUUAAUAAUUAUUUAUUUUAUGUAUAUAAGUACAUUGUAGCUGUAUUCAGAAGAAGGCGUCUGAUCACUUUAUUACAGAUGGUUGUGAGCCACCAUGUGGUUGCUGGAAAUUGGACUCAGGACCUCUGGAAGUCAGUGUUCCUAACCGCUGAGCCAUCUCUCCAGCCCCCCUUUUACAUUCUUUUCAAACACUGGAAGUUAAGCUCUUAUAAAUUGGGGACUAUUCAAAUACUGAUCAAAUGUACCAAGGUCAAAGGAUGGGAAGGAGACCGAGGGCACAGGGCCAGUCUCGAUGUGGAAUUCUGGAUUGGAUCCUAGAACAGGAAAGAGUCCAUUAGGAGAAAAGGCGGUUGAGCCUGAGUAGAGUGUAGUUGUUUUGCCAAGUGUGACACUUCUCCCUCAGGUUCACGUGCUGAAGAUAGGGUCACCAGCUGCUGGUACUAUUUUGGGAAGAGCAGUUUGAUACAGGGAUGGGGUGGGGGUGAGGUGAGGAGUGGGAUCGGAGAUUGGGAUGUAAAAUGAAUGAAUUAAUGAGAGGAAAAAAAAAACCUGUAGAAGGUAGGCCUAGUGGGAGCAAGUAGGUCACCUGAGACAUGUCCUUGGAGGCUAUUUCUCUUCCCAGACCCUUCUCUGCAUCAAUUCUCAGCCUCUUGGCUGCCAUGAAGUAAAGUCUCUUCCACACACUCCCGAUACCAUGAUGUCUUACCUCAGGUGCCAAGCGAAGGACCGGGUACCUUGAACUGAAACUUGUGAAAGAAGGCUGGAGAGAUGGCUUAGUGAUUAAAAGCACGGGCUUCUCUCCCAGAGGACCUGGGUUCCAUUCCCCAGCAUCCACCGUAGCAACUCACAACUUCUAUAGCUCUAGUCCCAUGAGAUCUGAUUCCCUCUUCUGAUGUGCAGAAAAUAAAGAAAAAAAUUAAUUAAUUGAAAAAAAAAAGAAACUGAAAGAAAGAGACAAAAGUAAAACCUUCAGAUCUUUAAACAGCUUCCGGCUUCUGUCAUGGCACUGCGAUACACGGAACCAUAGUUUCUGCACUGUUAACAAGCUGGUUCGGAAGACUAGUUAUGCGUGUUAAAACCAUGAGAAGCUAGGGGGAGAGUGUAUUCAAACUCUUGACUUUUUUUUUUUUUUUUUGGUAAGUUUUCUGUUUGUGUGAAAUCAUCUCAAUAAAAAGUAUAGGUCAUUGAUGUGACUCAGUCUGUAGAUGCACAAAACCUUGGGCUUUGGAUGGGCAGUGGUGGCACACACCUUUAAAUCUGGCACUUGGGAGGCAGAGGCAGGCUGAUUUCUAAGUUCCCGGCCAGCUUGGUCUACAGAGCAAGUUCCAGGGCAGCCAGAAAAAAAUCCCGUCUAGAAAAACAAAAAACCCCAAACAGAGAAGAAAUCUUAUUGAGCCAUUCAGGUGGCUAAGACCAAAUGAAAAGUUCCCAUCAGACAAUUUGUCAGGGAGGAUGGAUUGAGAAGCAGACCUGUGAGGCUUGCCCUAAUUUCUUCUGUUCUUUGGUCAAGAAUAAAGGGCAGGACUUGUUUUACAUAGAACUAACUGCUAAUGACUAAUCCUUUCCCAAUUAGGAGCCAUGGGGGGUGGGGGGUGGGGAAACCAUGCAUUUUUAAUUCCAUCUCAUUGGAUAGAACUGUAGGAAAAUAAUGGCUGUGGAAAAACUUUGCUGGCAUGUUUCUCUCUCCACCCCUUGGCUAGUCUGAAGGCAGGAGAUUAUUAGAAGCAGCUUAGGGAUAGCGGGAUAAGUUGUGCUUAGAAAACAGGAAAAUUGAACCUCAGCUAAUAAAAACUUGCUACAAGAUGGAAUCCUGUAGGUCUGUAGGAACUUGGAUCAACCCUUCAGGGCUCAGCUGCCAAACAUGAACUUCUCUGACUCAGUAAUGUAGAAAAAAUAUCAGUUAAAAUUUUUGCUGUGGGGCCUAGCAAACACAGAAGUGGAUGCUCACAGUCAGCUAUUGGAUGGAUCACAGGGCCCCCAAUGGAGGAGCUAGAGAAAGUACCCAAGGAGCUAAAGAGAUCUGCAACCCUAUAGGUGGAACAACAUUAUGAACUAACCAGUACCCCGGAGCUCUUGACUCUAGCUGCAUAUGUAUCAAAAGAUGGUCUAGUUGGCCAUCACUGGAAAGAGAGGCCCAUUGGACUUGCAAACUUUAUAUGCCCCAGUACAGGGGAAUGCCAGGGCCAAAAAGGGGGAGUGGGUGGGUAGGGGAGUGAGGGAUGGGUAUGGGGGACUUUUGGGAUAGCAUUGGAAAUGUAAAUGAGGAAAAUACCUAAUAAAAAAUUUUUAAAAAUUUUGCUGCAUGAAUCCCUAGGUUUUCCUGAUAUUGUCUCAUAAUGUGUAAACUAGACUGUUAAUUUGCUAUAAGAAUACAACGCAGGUUGCUUAUUUUACCACCAUCUUGAGACACUCUUGUCUUGUAGGGAAAGCUUCAAGGAAGGCUUAGUCAUAGACUAUUGUCUGGUUAGCAGGAGCACGAUAGCAAGGCUAGAGUGAGCAAAUUAUGAAAAAUCUCAGUAAUGGGGAUAGAAUUUCUAAGAAGUGCUGUUUUUUUUUUUUUUUUCCUUUCCUUUCUGAGACAUACUCUUAUAGCUUGCUGGUCUCAAAUUUGAUGUGUAGGCUAGCCCUGAACUCUUGAUCCUCCUGCCUCUGCCUCUCAAGUGCUAGGAUUCCACACAAUGAGCUGAUUCUUUGCUGCUGCUGUUAUCUUUCCUGGGCGUUGAGCUGAAGCGGUGCACAUACUGUGUUUUCCUACCUCUUCCCAGAUUCCUGUUGAGGGGAAAGACAGAGGCUUACCAGAGUGACAGACUCUGGGAGAGCAGCCCAGGGCUGCUGGUCUGAGCUCUUCUUUCUCGAGUCAGUCGGCUCUGAGAGAGUAUAUAUUUCCUCCAGGGUUCAGGACAACUUCUCUAUCUUCCAAAGAGAUCUUAGUAUUUAGGGUUAUCCUCAUUCUGUGGUAAUCUCUGUGGUGGCCAUUCCUGGUUAACAAGCUGACUACAUCUGAAAGAACUACAACCCAGAAAUGGACACUCCUGUGAUCCAGAUUUUGGAGGCUGGAAGACACAGGCUUUUGAUCUGGAUCUUGAGGCACAGUGGCCAUGAAAAGCUCAGGCCCAGGCAAGGUAUUAUAGGCCUUUAAUCCCAGGAGACAGAGGCAAACAAAUCUCUGAAUUCAAGGCCAGUCUGAGACAGAGUAAGUUCCAAGUCCAGGCAUUGGUGGUCAUACCUUUAAUCUGGGCCAUACCUUCUACUGGAGGCCUAUGUCAAGACAAUGGAAGAAGGAGAGCGUCUUUUUCUCUGCCUGCUUGCACUUACUUGCCAGCACAUCUGUUGGAGCCUACUUCUUCAGGACUCCAGCUUAUACAGAAGACCAGUUCAAACACCCAGCCCUGAGGGACUGAGCAACUACUCCAUUCUUGAACUUCUCACUCAGCUGCCCAUUGUUGGGUUAGCUGGACUGUAUGUCAUUCCAAUAAAUUCCCUUAAUAUAUAGAGACAUUCCAAAGUUCUAUGACUCUCAAGAACCCUUGUAAGUUUAUCACCCUUUAUUUUAGUUUCCUUAUUAUUUUUACUUCCAUAUUUUCUCACAACUUUGAGAAAAGCUGGUGCAGCAGUGAGAAGAGACGGACACUAAGUUUAGUUUUGUCCAUGAAAACUUUGCUCAUGUCACAAUUCCUCCCUAUUGGUAAGUUAUCUCCUCUGGCUGGGUGGUGAGGUCUGUGCCUGGGAUCCCAACACUCAAGGGGCAGAAAUACAGGAACAUGAAUUCCAGGCCUGCUUGGGGUAAUUAUUGAGAACCUAUCUCAAAAUGAAGACAAAAAAGGGGGGGCUAGAGAGAUGGUUCAUUGAGGACUGCUUAGUGCUUUUCAGAAGACUCAAAUUUGGUGACCUGGGUCAUGUCUGGUGGUUCACAGGACAGUGACUCCAGUUCCUGAGAAUCCAACACCAGCUUCUGUCCUGCAAAUACCUGACAUAGAUGAACACAAAAAAUACAUCUUAAUAAUAAGGGAGCCGGGCAUGGUGGUGUACGCCUUUAAUCCCAGCACUUGGGAGGCAGAGGCAGGCGGAUUUCUGAGUUCGAGGCCAGCCUUGUCUACAAAGUGAGUUCCAGGACAGCCAGGGCUACACAGAGAAACCCUGUCUCGAAAAACCAACCAACCAACCAACCAACCAACCAACCAACCAACCAACCGAAACAAGAAUAAACAACAAAAUCUCUUCUGGUAGGUGUUCUUUGUUGCAGUAGUUGAUUAAUCCAUUUUAAUCUCUCACUACCUGGCCCAGUGCUCUGGAUUCCUGAAUGACACAUACACACACACAGACACACACAACACACAACUUCCAUGUUGCUAAUGCUUCCCCUCCAAUACUCCUGAUUACUUACUAAAAUCUAUAUUCCAUAUUUGUUAUCCCAGAUCCAAUUUAGGGGGGUGUCCUUGGGAGGUUCUUAUAUGUCUUUCUUCCUACAACUGGCAAUUCUGCUUCUUCCUCUGUCCCCUUGUCCCGAAAUCCUAAAGUCUCUCUCUGUCUCCCUGCCCAGCCAUUGGCAAUUUUACUCGCCAAUCAGAACCAGCUCGGGACAGGGACCCUCAGUGUCUUACAUUCGGGAUUCUAGGGCAAUUUUGGGAACUCAUAAUGCAAGCAUUAAACCAAAUCCACAACAGUUCUCUACUGCUCAGGAGAUUGGUUUUGGAGUUCUUUUUUACUUUGCUUUGUGUUUGUGUAUGUGUAGUGUGUGUAGUGUGUGUGUGUGUGUGUGUGUGUGUGUGUGAACACAGGCACAUGUGUAUAUACAGAACCAACAUUGACUUUAAUCACAAUUGGGCUAGUCUGGACUUGCUGAUGAGGAGUUCUGGAAUCAGUCACAGAGGGAUGCCACAUCUUCCCAGCUUUUUUACACAGAUUUUGGGAACCUGAACUGUAUUCUUCACACUGGCAACUCAGAGAUGCCUCUCUUUACUGAGUUUUCAAAGUUAAUUGGCUUCAUCAGUCUUUUCUGAUUUGGAUGUCUGUGUAUGCAUGUUCGUCUACACUUGGGUGGGUGCAUGCAUGUCUGUGGCUAGAAGCUGACACAAGGCAUCUCCAUUCUUGCCACUUUACAUAUUAAGUCAGGACACCUCACUUGAAAACCCAGCUGGCCUAGCUAGCUGAUUUUCAGGAGAGAUCCUAUCUCCACCCUCCAUGUGUUCUGAUUACAGGGAGGUACACACCACUUAGGGAUCUGAAAGCUAGCCCUCACACUUUCAUGGCAAACGAUGCAGUGUGCAUAUCUGCAACCCUGAAAAUCUUAAGUGUUAAUACCUGCUUUUUAUAGAUGGACAAUUGUAGGAAAUUACAUUUUCUUCACUGAUCGAGCCCACUCACAUUGAGUUUCUAACACGUGUUCACAGCUUAUCACAGAAUAGAUACUAUGAGUGUUACCUGAAAGAUGUAACUGACUUUGGAGUACUGAAGCAACUCUGAGGGCACAGAACACCACUGUCUAUGUGGUAAGGACACAAUCCACUGAAACGUGUUUACUUUAGAUAACAGCGGUAGCACCUACUAUCCCAUUUCCAUGGGACUUGUUUGGCUUUUGUAGUCUGAGGCUUCACACACGAGACAAGAACAGUAAGUAGGGUGUUACUGAGCUACAUUCCCAGACCUUAUGAGAGAUGAGAUCUGAAGACAGGGGAACUAAAACAACUGAUCUGCUAUUAUGUAACUAAGGAGAGAAGCAGAUGGACUUUUUGAUUUGCUAUCCCUGUUUAUCCCAUCUUUAACAUAGCACACUGCUUCUUUUGUACAAGUUUCUGAAUUUGGCAGUGAGGAAUACAAGGCUGAGCAGGAAACAACCUAUCUUCCAGGAGUUGGUAAUCCAGUAAGAGAUCAUACAUCUGUAAAAUCUAGAAUUAAGCAGAGGGAAAUAAAGGUGCCAUACAUUACUUUUUGUGGCAAUGAAAUCAUACUUAGGCUCCAAAUGCAAAUAUAAACAAACAGCUUUAUAAUUUAUACAAUAAAUAUGUUCCAAAUGUUCUGAAAACAUUUACAAAUCUCUAGUUCCUUUAAGGGCCAGUUUUUUAACUAAAAUUUGAGUAGUCACCUCAUUAUUAAAAGUAUUAGCUGGUAGCAUUUUGCCAUUCUACAUAUUCAUCUGGUAUUUUAAAUACUACUUUCACACAAUUAAUUAUAACCAAUUAUACUCUAGUCAACUGGAAGACUGCAGAGGUGGAGUUGCACCCCUGAGAAGUAGCACCCCUGUCUGGAGACUCAGUAAUUCAGACUCUUACAUGUCUCCUUUGAAACUACAGGACCUAAGCUGGAGAGAGAAUGAAUGUGAUAAACAAUCCAUUUAUUCCAAUGCUGUCUCCUCCUUUGAAAGAUGUGUUGUACUUUUCCUAUUGGCUUAGAAUGUGAGCCAAUAAGGAAAGAGGAGUCCUUGGAAGUAUUCAUAAAGCAAGCCUGGCAUUGUGCACACUGGUAAAGAUGGCUUUGUUCUUUACAUCUGUGAGAAUUUUAUGGGUUUGAUACUUUUCUUUUGACAUAGUAAGCAAAAGUAAUUCAGAUUGGGUGGUGCUGUCCCUUGAAAUAUAUUUUCUAAUGUUUAAGAAUUCCCCCCUUUUAUUAUUUGGACUUAAGAUGUGAUAAAUCCUUAACAGAUGUUCAAAAGAAAUUCAAGAACUUAAAUACAAGUUUUUAUUAUCACGUUGAACAUAUUUCAGAUGAACAAAAUUAAUAUAAAUUUGCUAGGUUUGUUUGAAGUCUAUAAUUACUAAGUUUCUUUCAUUUCAAAAGUGGCAUAUAUUACAGUUAUUAGGCUCCUAAUAGCUGCUUAGAAACAGAUUAAUGUUAGGUUCUCAGCAGUAGCUACUUACGCUCGGGAUUGUAGACUAUUAAAUUUCUUUUGUUUACCAUAUUUAGAAUAAGCCUUAAUAAAGAUGUUUGUAUAGUAUAUAUUUUUAAACACUGAAACUCAAGAGAUCUCUAAAAAGACAAAGAAAAUAAAAAACACAUCCAUUCAUAUUCUUUUCUGUGUGGGAGAUUUCAUUAGAACAUUUAUUUGCUUAAGUACACUAGUUUCUUUGCUUAAAUACACCAGUUUCUAGAAAAAACCCCACUAGACCAUUUGCUCAUUGAGUGUGAGAAUGUUCAAGCCAGAUCUAAAGGGAUUUUUUUCACUUGUAUUCUUUCCAAAUCUACAUUCAGUUUAAAUAAUUGCCAUAACAAUUGACAGAUAAUCUGUCUCUCUGAUGUGGAUGAAUAUCAAGAGGUUAUUUUACUACGGGGGGGGGGGGCAGUGAAAAAUACAAAGUAAUUGCAAAGAGAGAGGAAAGUCCAGGAGAAAACAGACACAAAAACAAAAAGAACAAAACUAAAAACUCCGAAACGACCAGUAGCAUCAUUAAUCAGAAGGCUAGAGAGAGACACACACUUUUGUACUCUGAUCGUUUCAUGUCAGGACAGAACAAAUUAAGCAAGGAAGUCAGAGUCCAACAAGGAAAAACAUGGAGCGGGCUUAGGGGACGGGCUAAUCAUCCAGGAUCGUUAACAGGGAAAGGGAACACUGUUGCUUUUUCUUGGCACCUGAAAACUCCAGCUCCACACUGGCAAAGGCCGCAGCUCUUUUGGGCUCAGGCCAGCGGGUUCCGACCGCACGUUGGCGGCGCGGGCUGGAUCCCGGCAGCCUCCGUCCCGGUUGCUGGGGCCGCGGGGCCCUUUGUUCCCGCGGGGCGCCGCCGCCCGUCCGCCCCGAGUGAGCGGGCCCCCGUGGGGGACAGCGCGGGGCCCAUCGCCUCGCCCCGCCGACCUCGCAGCUGCAGUCCCGCCCGCCCCAGCUCCUAGUUCCUCCCUCGCUGCCCAGGGCCAGAACGACCUUGUUUUGCUUUUCGGGCUCGGGAGAGAGGUACUUUAUUUGUGGGAAAGAGAUUACGGACCUGAAUAUUGCAGGUGCUGAGAUGUAAGAAGACUGCUGUAGAGUCGCAGAUGACAAUCUUUGGCCUUCCUAAUCACAUGAGUAUUGUCAAUGCCAGCCAGACAGCACAUGUGGCUGAUGGCUGUCAUUACUGGAAGGUGAAGGGAGCUAUGACCCAAAUGUAAUUGAAAGGUUCUAUUACUACUGGAUUUUCAAGAAUUUUUAAUACAAUUUUUCCUUUGAAUUAUGAUUUAAAUAUCAAAAAAUCUUUAAAUUUUUUUUAAAAAGGGAAAUAUUUUAGUUUUGGAAGUCAGAAUGCCAAGGAAAAGGAAAAAUCUUGGGGGAAAUCCUUUGCGGAAGACUGCAAACUCUAAGAAAAUUGUCGUAUCCCGUGUUGCUAGUCGUGAGGAGCCAACCACUACUCUUCCUUCCGUGUGUGAGACAAAAGUUGAUCAGGAAGAACUCUUCACCAGUAUCUCAGAGAUGUUUUCUGCUCUGGAUCCUGAUGUAGUUUAUUUGAUGCUUUCUGAAUGUGAUUUUAAAGUUGAAAAUGCCAUGGAUUGUCUGUUAGAAUUGUCUGCCACUGAUGCCAAGGGGGCAGAGUCGUCUGCACAGACUUCUGGUGAUCGUGACAGCAAGCCUGGUGCAGCAGGAAACUCAGUAAUGGAGACGUGCCAUCCCGAAGGCGAGGGUGAAGAUUCCAAGCUGGAUUCAUUUUUGGAUAUGCAGCUAACUGAGGACUUGGAUUCCUUAAUACAGAACGCUUUUGAGAAAUUAAACUCUCCUCCUGAUGACCAAGUAUACCCAUUCUCACCUCUGCAAGAUGCUAAUAGUUUUAACGACCCUUCCACCUUUAUGAACUCAGAUUCAAGUGGCAUGACUUCUCUUCUUUCUGUACAGAGCACGAGCUCAAACAGCGAAACUCUCAAGAGUUCUGCUUCUUUACCAGGUUCAAACCCACCAACUUCACAUUCAGUUUUGAAUGCGCCUGAGAGUUGUGCAAAAUUGGCAUUGGAAGGGGGCUACUCAGAAGGCUCUCCUCUCAGUAGCUCUGGAAAUCCAACAAAUGGCUCUGUUAGAGGUUGUGGCAAUUUUAGCCAAAGACAGAAAGAUCUUUCAGAAUCUGAGUGUCCUAGUGCGCAGCAUUCUCAAGCCCUUGCAGAUUUGGGCAACAGUGACCCUCAGGCUCCUUCAACUCACCCUCUGCACAAUUCAGGGUCUGACCUACCAGGUACAGAUGGGGAUCAGAAGUCGGCUUCUGCGCCUGAUGUUUUUGUGCCCUCUGAAGGGUUCAAUUUCAAGCCGCACAAACAUCCUGAACUGCCACCAAAGGGGAAGGAUAUGAAUUACUGCCCGGUGCUCACCCCUCUUCCCUUACUCCUUCCGCCCCCGCCCCCACCACCGAUCUGGAACCCGAUGAUCCCUGCUUUUGAUCUCUUUCAAGGAAACCAUGGCUUUGUAGCCCCUGUGGUGACCACAGCUGCUCACUGGAGACCUGUCAACUACACGUUCCCACCCCCCAUCAUCUCCCACAACUCUCCAACCAAAGUGUGGAGAGGCGGUGAGGGAGCCAGUGCUUACCAGGUGCAGGAGGCCCCAGCGUCACAGCCUGUGAGGAAGAAGGCUACCUCCUUCGUUGGCUUAGUUCUCGUGCUUCUCAGAGGGCUGCCGGGCUCAGGGAAAUCCUUUCUGGCAAGGACUUUGCAAGAGGAUAACCCAGGUGGCGUCAUUCUCAGCACUGAUGACUACUUCUAUAUAAACGGACAGUACCAGUUUGAUGUGAAGUACUUAGGGGAAGCCCAUGAGUGGAACCAGAACCGAGCAAAAGAAGCAUUUGAGAAGAAGGUUUCUCCAGUAAUCAUAGAUAAUACAAACCUCCAAGCGUGGGAAAUGAAGCCAUAUGUUGCUUUGUCUCAAAAGCAUAAAUAUAAGGUCCUUUUCCGGGAGCCAGACACGUGGUGGAAGUUCAAGCCGAAGGAGCUUGCGAGACGUAAUAUUCAUGGAGUAAGCAAAGAGAAAAUAUCAAGAAUGCUGGAGCACUAUCAGCGCUUUGUCUCCGUGCCGAUAAUCAUGAGCUCUUCCGAUCCAGAGAAAACCGAGCGCAUUGAGUUGUGUGCAUACGCUUCUGACGACAGCCCAAGAGACAGUGAAGCUAUUAGCUCUGCAAAAGAAGACAGUGUCUCAUCUGCGUCUCCGAAGCACUCAGAGCUAACGGAAGAGAAGACCCUUGAGGUGGCCACACAAGCAGUGUUAUCUGUGCGUGAUCCCCAGCUCCCUUGUCCUGGUUUAAACAGAGGAAGAAAGGAGUUGGGUGACGUGAGUCACGGUGGUCAUAACCCCUUCUUUCAGGAAGCCCCGAGCACCUAUUUUCCUAACCCUGAAAGCAAAGGUCAAGCCACAGAUAGAAGUGAGGAAGAACAAGAGAUGGUGUCUGAAAAAGAACAUUGUGAAGCAGAUGCGUGGAGGCCUGCGGGGGGAGCGUCAUCAGAUGGGCGCUGUGCUGAUGAUAAUCAAGAAGCCUGUGGGUCUGCAGGUGCAGCCGCGCUUCCAGGUGAGACCCCCUCGCCUCCUGAAAUGCUGGAAGAAAGAACGGCAGGAAAGAAAAAGACCAUUGGAAAACAAAAAGGCAAAUCAUCUUUGGAAAAAAUCCCCAAACAAGAGCUAUCAAAUUUUGUUGGUGACUGGCCAGUUGAUAAGACAAUUAGCCAGAGAACCAAAAGGAACCGGAAAACUGAAAAAGGCUUAUCUGUACAAAGUGACAAAAAAGGUAACCUCCCGCAGUCCCACAAAGUAUUAGAUGCUAGGGUCUCUGUGAAUACAGAUCCUGUCCAGCCCCAAGGAUCUUCACAUGGGAACGACGAUCUUUCAGAAGUGCCCAGUAGCUAUCACUAUGAUCCUUACAGAAGUACCGAGCAAAGCUCACUUAGUGCUGUGAGCGACUGGCCUUCCUCUGCUUCCUUAGCUCCGAGAGAGCACAGACCGAGAAUGCCAAAAGCUGACUUAAGUGAACCCAGCGUGGAAUUUGGAACUAAUGACAACCUGGGUGAAAUACCCUUAUAUCCAGCACACGAGGCCUACUGGGGGACAAGCCCUGAGGAGCUGAAGACGUUGAGUUCCAGCCUUCGAAGUUCUGAGAUGCUGCCCAGUCAAACAGCUCCUGAGCAUCAUCCGACCUCCCUGAAUCCACUGGCUCACAGCCAGCACGCGCUGCCCCUGACCUUCCCCAGUAGUGCAGCAGCUCUUCCUGGAGUAGUGGGUCCCCGGUCUCUAACAGAAUUUCCAGUGGGGGUGUCUGGAAUUGUCUCUGGAGUAGAUACAGGCACUUGUACCCAGACUGAACCCCAAGAUUUUGCUCUCUUGUGGAAAAUAGAAAAGAAUAAAAUCAAUGUUUCAGAUUCUGUCAGAGUGUUGACAGGAAGAUUGGAUGGGUUUAAGCCCAAAGAUUUCACUCUUAAUAGAAAAGUAAAUGUCCAAGAAACAAUUCCCUACAGAGUAAUGCAUGAUAAAAGUACAUUCGUUGAAGAAAGUGAGCUUACCAGUGCUGAUGAGUCUGAAAAUCUUAACAUCCUUUGCAAACUAUUCGGAUCCUUUUCCUUAGAAGCCUUGAAGGAUUUAUAUGAGCGAUGUAAUAAAGACAUUAUUUGGGCCACAAGUCUCUUGUUGGAUUCUGAGACUAAACUGUGCGAGGACACUGCGGUUGAGAGCUCCCCCAAGUCGUACAGCGAGUCACAGGUUGGGCCGUUUUCUAUGGGCUUGGACCUGAAGGAAAUUAUUAGCCACAGAGGAACCUCAGAAGGUUCUAAUUCUUCUGUAUCAGAAUUUAGUCCUGGAAUUGGUAUCCGGAACACCAGUGCACGGUCUGCUGGUAACCCAGGAAAGGGGACCUCAGAGCAGGAAGGGAGAAGAGCUAUGAAUCCUGAAAACCCUGAAUUAAUAACUAGAGUAUUCCCCAAUGCUGCUGUAAAGGUCAAGAGUAAUAAUGAGACACUGCCUGACCGUCAGGCUGAACUGCCAGGCGCGUACACCUUUAAGCAGCCUCUUUCACUUACUCCACGAUCUUAUAUCCCUAAAGAUGUUAGUGAGAUAGAAAAAAAUCUAGUAAUGACAGAGACUAGAGACAAUAUGCAUUCAUUUCUAAAUUUAUCUGAUAUUAUAAACUCUGCAACAAGCACUUCAAAUCCUGAAUUAAAUGAAGAUGUUUAUCUUACUGGCUCUUUGGAAGUAAAGAAAAAUGAAAAUCUUCCUAAGGAUUAUGUGAAAUUUGCAAACAUGGAAGAAUUUAUCAAUGAAGAUAAACAGGAAAUGGAGAAAAAUCUAAUGCCAGGAAGUGGUUGGUCAGCAGGAGUUAGUGAAGAGGGUAAAGCUGAGGUAUUGACUCCCACGCCAGUGACAGCCACAUCUCUGACCAUAGACUGUCUGGAGCUGGCGUUACCCCCUGAGCUGGCUUUCCAACUUAAUGAGCUGUUUGGCCCAGUUGGUAUUGAUUCAGGGUCUCUAACAGUCGAGGACUGUGUGGUUCAUAUAGAUCUGAAUCUGGCUAAAGUGAUUCAUGAGAAAUGGAGAGAAUCUGUAAUGGAGCGACAGAGACAGGAGGAGGUUUCUCGAGGCAAGCGCACACAAGAUCCUUUGCUGGCUGGACAUACUGGUCUUGAUAAUUUUGAACAAAAAUCAUCUCAGAAAACAGGCAAAAGGUUAUUGAAGACUUUAGCAGCACCUGAGACCCUGGAUCACUGGAACACUCAAACAAAAAAAGUUUCACUUCGAGAAAUAAUGUCAGAAGAAAUUGCCUUACAGGAGAAACAUGACUUGAAAAGGGAGACACUUAUGUUUGAAAAAGACUGUGCCACAAAACUAAAGGAAAAGCAGCUCUUUAAAAUAUUUCCAGCCAUUAAUCAAAAUUUCCUGGUGGACAUUUUCAAAGAUCACAGCUACUCACUGGAAAACACUGUACAGUUUCUAAACUGUGUGCUUGAAGGAGACCCUGUGAAAACAGUUGUAGCUCAAGAGUGUGUUCACCAAAAUGAGAAUAACACUUAUACUGCACAGAAAUCAAAAGAGAAAAAGGCAAAGAAACCGAAAGAGGCUGAGGACAGCCCAGGUGACCCAUCUUUCCAGGAUUUUGAGUACCCUGAGUAUGAUGACUACAGGGCAGAAGCUUUCCUGCACCAGCAGAAGAGGAUGGAGUGCUACAGCAAGGCCAAGGAAGCCUACCGCAUGGGGAAGAAGAACGUGGCCACCUUCUACGCUCAGCAGGGCAGUCUUCAUGAGCAGAAGAUGAAAGAAGCCAAUCACCUCGCUGCUGUGGAGAUCUUUGAGAAAGUCAACGCCUCUCUGCUACCGCAGAACGUCUUAGACCUCCAUGGGCUGCAUGUGGAUGAAGCUAUAGAACAUUUGACAGCAGUUCUACAGCAGAAAACAGAAGAAUUUAAACAGAGUGGUGGCAAGCCGUAUCUGUCGGUGAUUACUGGGAGAGGAAAUCACAGCCAGGGAGGAGUUGCUCGCAUCAAACCAGCUGUCAUUAAAUACCUCACAAGCCACAGCUUCAGGUUCUCUGAAAUUAAGCCAGGGUGCUUGAAAGUCAUGCUAAAGUGAAACCUAGAGCCCUGGACUUUGAAGCGUGAGGUUUGUGGGCUGACGUUGGUUUUUACUUGUAGAAAUUCAGUCAGUUCUAUUUUCAAAUGUAUUUUAUUAGGAAUGUAAAACAAGAAAAGUGUUUUACAGAAUCCAAGGAAAGUUGUUUGUUUUUUACUUGAUCAAAUGCCAGUCCGUUACUUGUUGAAACAUUAAAGGGAAUUUUUAUUAAUUACAAAAUGUCUAAAAAAAUUAAAAAAUGAUCACCUGCAGUUUAAAAUCUUUUUUUUUUUUUGGUUUCUCUGUGUAGUCUUGGCUGUCCUGGAACUCACUUUGUAGACCAGGCUGGCCUCGAACUCAGAAAUCAGCCUGCCUCUGCCUCCCCAGUGCUGGGAUUAAAGGUGUGUGCCACUACGCCCAGUUGCAGUUUAAAAUCUUAAGUGCUCUAUCGUAGUUAGGAAACAACCAACCAACCAACAAACACUGCCUUUGUGUUAUGGUUCACAUUUAGAAAGUCCUAAGGGCGGCUGUGAGGGCAGCGGGCCUAGAGCCUCUCAAAGAAUUGGUUAAACAGUAGAGGAAGAGGGCGAGCAGCAAAAACCGAGUUCUUCCUGCUUUCAGAGCUUAGCACAAAAUCACUUGAUUUUGUUGUUAGACAGGAGGACACUUGAUUGUAUUUCCUCUGUAUCGCCCAUCCCUUCCCUUCCGAGCUGGUCUGUAUGUUUUUCUGGGAGGAAAGUUGGGUCUGAGAGUAACUUGUAGUCUCAUAGGUACAAUAGGUAACGUUCAGAGAAGGAGAGCCAGCUCUGGGUGUCUCCUGUGAGUCCUAGACUGUCUGCAGUGACACGGAGCCUCAAUGGCUGGUUUAGACUCAGACAUCAUUUCUAAGCUGCAGGGAGUCAGUUCUACUGACUUAAGUGCAAAACCAUUUUUGCUAUAACUGUAAAAGAAACCCUUGUAAUUAGAAAGAAUUUUUUACCUUUAUUUUGAAAAGGAGCCAACUUUCUGAAAGAAAAGUCUCAUUGAUGUUUUUGAGCUAGUGUCCUGUUUGUGUGUAAAUUCUUGUUUCCUUUCUACAGACUUAGUGUGGCAAAGUAUAAUUUUUCUAGAAUGACUCAGUAGUUAAAAUAAAUCUAACUUUGGACAUACAGAGUAUUUUCAACAUAUACGGUGUUCACAAACAAUUGUGUUGCAUUUAUAACCUUCAUCAGGAAUGCGGCAGUGCCCUCCUCUGAAAGAUUCUGACGGACAGAAUGAGCUCCCAAAGAGCAUUUUAAUGGGAAUAAAACUUAGAACCACAUUUUUACGUCUUGUGAAUUAUGCUUUUAAAAAAGAGCCUUACCAUUGAAUUUUAUUUCCAUAAAAACAAAAAUCUAUGUUUGUUACCUACAAAUAGUUAGUGAUUACUGAUACUCAAGUAUUUAUAUUUUUAGACUUGUAAUAAUUUGUUUUAAAAAUUUCGGUAGUAUAGCAUACCAUUUUUGGUAAUGCUUAGAAGUGUUUUAUAUACAUAUAUAUAUAUAUUACAAAUAAAGCAGUUCCCUUUUACAACUUAGUACAAAAACCAUAAUCAGUAGUUAAUAAAGUAAGCAUAUUCCUGUGUUCAAGUUAACAUGAUACAAAAACCGAGACAGUUUACAACCCGGAGUGUGUGCAGCUGCAUACUCAUUUUCUGUGUUUUAUAUUUUUUCAUGUUUUAAAAACACAUUUGAAUAUUUCAGACAGAUUUAUAUUAUGACUGUGAUUCUAAUUAAUAAGAGAGCAGUGAGACGAAGUCCUAGUAUGCCUGCCGCUGGAGGCUGUGGCUAGAAGCCCCCAGAAAGCAGAAGUCUGGCACUGGCUCUUUAUGACAGAGCAAACCCAGCGAGCGCAGACCUCAGAAUUGCUAUGAAGACCCAGUUGGCCUCAAACUCACAAUCCUUCUGCCUCACCUUCCUAAAUAUUGAGACUAUAGCUAUGUUUUGCCAUGCUUGGUUUCAUAUCCUUUAAUUAUUAACUAUAAAUACACAAAGUUUGAACAUCAUAUAUAUUUAUAGUCCCAAAUUUCCUUCCCCACCCUCCUAUCUGGUAUCAUUGAAGCAGUUACAAUUAUAAAAGAUCAUUUUCUGAACUUUCACUUACUGAUCUCUAAAUCUUGUGUCCUAGCCAGAGGUAGAGAUACUUUGUCAAUCAAAGAUUUUUCUUUUGAUCACUUCUGAAUUUUGUAUGUCUAUUUUGUAUGUCAGAGGUAAAGAUGGUUUAGAGAUGACCCAGGUUAGAAGAGCUCUUUGUAAACCAAGUAUUUUAAAACAUUUUAAAGGUAUAGUAUUUCUUCCCCAAAACUUGGAAGAGCUUAGUAGCAGUUAUAUACAUUUAAAAUCUGUUACUGGAGACAGGAAACAGAAAAUUGUUAGGAAUCACAUGGCAGUCAGUGUGAGGGCCAGGCCUCACAGCCAUUUUCAGUCUUUUUGCUUAUCCCGUGAAACAGUUGGAGCUUGCUUUCUGACAUUUAUUAGCUGUUGAUCUAUUGGUGUUAUUUUUGAGUUGAAGUUUUCUUCUGUUUGUUAGUAUUUCCAUACUGCUUCUAUACUGUGACAUUUUAGGUAUCACCCAUAUUAUAUAGUGGAAGCUGUGACUGAAUGGUGUGCAUUAAAACAGAUUUGAGAAGCAACAGCUUCCAGUUCUUUGCGGUGGUUUCCUGUCCUUUGUUUUGGUCUUUUUCUUUAUAAAUUCAAGUGUUCUGUUUGCUUUAGAAGGGCAUGUGUAAGGACAUGUUAGUUAGUUCUGAGCUGGCAGUUGGAAACUUUUGAAACUCAAGAAAUUGCUCUGACAAUGUUUUAACUGCUUUCAAUUAAGAAAAUGUAAGAAAUGGACAAAAAUAAUGUGUGCUGUUUUUUCUGAGUGCUUUACCAUUGUGCAAUGAGGUGACACUGAUGAUGUCCUGUGCUGUGCUUAAGUGUCGCUUAUUUUUAAAUACUUGUAAAGAAAACAGACUUAAAUGUCUGCGUGGCCAAAACCAAGUGCCAUUUAAAAGCAAAAGUAAGUUGAUGUAGAAUGUAUGUUAAUGGUGCUGAUUUUUAAAGUGUGAUUUAAGUUUACAGUAUUACUUGAUGCCU